AUGGCACUGUCAAUUCUCGUUUUAGUUGUCCUUGAAAGUCGUGAAGCUAUACCUAGCCUCUGCCAGAUGCUGCUCUCCGUGGUGGCUUUGGCCAUUGGUUUGGUUGGACGGUCUUUUUCCUACUCCUUGACACCGACCGGCCAGACGGUAAAGCUUGAUGGCGUCUCCUACUAUCUACCCGCAACUCCGGUCACCAAAGUUGUUCAGAAAGAGCUGAUCUCGAAAGCGGAAAGCUCUGGAGCACUUCUGCCGGUGACUGUUGUCAUCAGCAACACCUCGACAUUCAGCGCCACGGAUGUGUCAAGGACAGUCGAGGCAUACAAGGGAAUCGAUGAUGUCUUCUCCGAAGGCUCUCUCGAGGCGGUCUAUGUUCAGCACACUGGCCGGUUGCAGACACCGUACGCAAACACGACAAACAACACUUCCAUCUUAGUGAGCAGUGUCGCGUCGAAUGGCACUGUCAUACCUCCAGGUCCCUACUUCGUCUCUUCGACUGGUGCAGUGUACGAAGCAUGGCGACUCUACAGCGACUUUGCUGGAGCUUUCACGGAGCCGAUCAUCGCCAAUGUCGACGGCACAUACAGCGUGCUUCCAGCAGGUGUCCCGGGGCAGUCUCUAGCAGUCGCAGUACCUUCGCGACUGUACUUCACCAGGACUGCAGAGAAACCGCUAGCUGGAGUGCGUCUGGGCAUGAAGGACAUCUACGACAUUGCCGGAGUCAAGGCUAGCAACGGCAAUCGCGCCUGGUAUCAUCUUUACCCACCAGCCUCGGAGCACGCCACACCGGUGAAACGUUUGAUCGAAGCGGGAGCCGUAAUUGUCGGCAAGAUGAAGACUUCGCAGUUUGCGAACGGUGAAGAGGCAACUGCUGACUGGGUCGACUACCACUCGCCCUUCAAUCCCCGAGGUGAUGGCUACCAAGAUCCUUCUUCUUCCAGCUCAGGCCCGGGUGCUGGAGCGGCGAGUUAUCCCUGGCUUGACCUAACCUUGGGGUCCGACACUGGUGGUUCGAUCCGAGGGCCAUCGCAGGUGGGUGGCCUCUACGGCAACCGUCCAUCGCACGAUCUAGUCACUCUCGAGAACACCAUGGCCCUUGCUCCCCAACUAGAUACUGGCGGCUUCCUGGCGAAAGAUCCCGUCCUGUGGGCUGAGGCCGCUGCAGCGCUUUGCGGAGAUAACAUCACCAUCUCACACAAGUUUCCCAAGCAGAUCAAGACAGACAACUUCCCGACUCACGUGUCCAGAAAUGGCGACCAGCUGAUCCUCGACUUCCUCGGCAAUGUGAGCUCGUUUCUGGAUGCGGAGGUUGCUGCUUGGGAUAUCAACGACGCAUGGAACUCUUCGCAUCCUGCUGACAUCGACACCGAUCUGACCGAUCUGCUCAACCUGACGUACCCGAUCCUCAUUUCCCAGCAGCAGACACGACUCGUCCGCGACCCAUUCUAUGCUGACUAUGCUGCAGCGCAUGAAGGACGGCGCCCGUUCGUCGACCCGGCCCCUUUGAUACGCUGGGCAUUUGGCGACUCUUACGCAAACGACACCGUGGACAUAGCGAACCACAACCGGACAGUCUUCGCGGACUGGGUCUCCAGCGAGGUUCUGGUGGCUGAUGAAGACACCUGCAGCGACUCGCUGCUGUUCUACGUUGGCUCCCAAGCACGAGCAAACUACCGCAAUGAGUAUAAUGGCGAGCCUUCGGUGCCAUUCGGAUUCUCCAUCAGCCGCGUCAGCUCAUAUUGGGGUGGUCCUGACUUUGUGUUGCCUCUUGGCUCCGCCAGCUACUUCUCCAACAUUACCCUUCACGAGGAGUAUCUGCCUGUGACGGUCGAUAUCCUAGCGGCCAAAGGCUGCGAUGGCAUGAUCUAUGGUCUUGUCCAAGAUCUGGUGGAGGCUGAUGUCCUGAAGCCGAGUGUGGCUGGCUAUAGUAAUACUGAUGGCGGCGAAGUCCUCUUCAAGCGUGAUCGGUAG